GUCAUGUGAUCGGACUGAGGACGAGUUUGUCUCGGGACUUUUCUCCGGCCCUUCAGCGCUCCGCCGCCCUCUGUUUGUUUGUUUUUGUUCCUUUCUUUGUUUGUUUGCUGACGUCACGGGCCACCAGACUCUGAACCAGGACCGGACCCGGCCAGUUAUCAAUUCAAAGCUCCGAAGUGUCAGAAGCGGCUCGUGCUCAGGGACCGUUUCCGCGGUCUGAGCGAAUCCUCUCUCGCUCCCAGUCCUCCCAGCAUGAGCGUCCAGCCCCGGCGUGUCCGCCUGAAGCCCUGGCUGCUGGCGCAGGUGAACAGCGGCAGGUACCCCGGUCUGCAGUGGCUCAGCGCGGACCACCGCCUCUUCCAGAUCCCCUGGAAACACGCCACGCGCCACACGCCCGUGUCAGACGAGGAGAACACCAUCUUCAAGGCAUGGGCUCUGGAGACGGGGAAGUACCAGGAGGGAGUAGAUGAACCCGACCCUGCCAAGUGGAAGGCAAAUCUGCGCUGUGCUCUGAACAAAAGCCGCGAGUUUCAGCUGAAGUAUGAUGGCACCAAAGAGACGCCGGUGCAGCCGUACAAGAUCUACGAAGUGUGCGAGCACCCCGGGAGCACAGACGGCGCUGAGGACGAUGACGAGGAGAUGCCGAACCUGAUGGACCUCUCCAUCAACCCCAGGCUGAGUGACUCCGCCCCCUUUGCCUCCUUCCCGGCUCCCUCAGAGAUGAACCAGUUCAGCCUACCCCCUAACGGGACAUUUGGACCGCCGCAUAUCCCAGUGCCUCUGCUUCCUGACAUCACCAUGACCUCUGAUCUCCAGGGUCAGGCACACUUCCUCCAUAAUGGACUUCAGGAUCUGAACGCUGCCGCUGCGCAACCAGAGCCGGACCUAAUGGAGGCCAGCAGCAUGGUGGGCGUCGAGAACCAGGCAGAGCCUCAGAACCACCAGCCCUGCAAGUACGACCUGCUGAGCAGCGUCCCACUAACAGAUCUGGACCUGAAGUUCCAGUACCGGGGCCGUACAAUGGGCUCUCUGACCGUCAGUAACCCUCAGGGCUGCCGGCUGUACUACGGACACCUGGAACCGACCCCAGAGCAGGUGGACCUGUUCGGACCUGUCAACCUCCAGCAGGUGCUGUUCCCGGGAACAUCAGAGAUGCAGAACGAGAAACAGCGAUUUUACACCGAGGCCUUGCUGGACGUGAUGGACCGCGGCCUGAUCCUGGAGAUCUGUGAGCAGGACAUCUACGCCGUCCGCCUUUGCCAGUGUAAGGUGUUCUGGUCUGGACCGGGCAUGCCAGAACACGGCCCGUCCAACCCCAUGGAGAGAGAGAAGAAGAUCAAGGUCUUCAGCCUCAAUGACUUCCUGCAAGGGCUGAUCUUGUUCCAGAAAGGCGAAGCCCCGAAUCCGCCGCCCUUCGAGAUCUACUUCUGCUUCGGGGAGGACUGGCCCGACAAUAAACCCAAAGAGAAGAAGCUUAUCAUGGUGCAGGUGAUUCCUGUGGUGGCCCGGAUCCUGACAGAGAUGUUCUCCGGAGAGCUGAGCUGGUCCACGGACAGCAUCCGGCUGCAGAUCUCAAACCCCGAUGUGAAGGAUCAGACAGUGGCACAGUUCAAAGAGUUGCAGAGGCUCCUGCAGAGCCAAAACAUCCAAGGACCCUGGAACCCCACCGGCCCCUGAACCAGGGGCCCUGGACCCGACACAGACACUGCUUACUGCACCCUCCCCCAAACAGUAGGAAACCCUGACUGGAGGGAAGGUGCAGCUGUACAGAAACUGAACAUUUGAGACAAACGGGUGGAGGUCUGCAGGUGUAUUUCCUGUUCUGUUGUCAUACCGACACCUUUCUGGGAGGUUUCUAUGUUCAAAUUUCAAUAAAGGCCGUUGCAGUAUUGUCA